AUGCCUCAAAGAAGCUCGUCCUGGGGCACACCCAUUGGCAGUGGUGCUGGGGAGGAGAUAGUCCGCACGAUAUCGAAUGCUCUGUCGAGAACUUUCUCCAACCAGAGUUAUCAUCAUGAAGAUGCCGCCCUAUCGGACUCCAGCAUCGAUGAAAAGUCAACGACCAAGGCGGCUGAUUGGCACAUGAGGGAUGAAGUCAAGGCCAUGGCGGAGCAAACCGAGAAAGAUAGUGGCAAGGAGCGACGACUCGGUGUUACCUGGACGAAUCUCAUUGUCAAAGGCAUUGGAGCGGACGCUGCCUUGCACGAGAAUGUCCUCAGUCAGUUCAACAUCCCGACUCUCAUCAAGGAGGGUCGACAAAAAGCUCCACUCAAGACCAUCGUCGACAACAGCCAUGGCUGCGUCAAGCCCGGAGAGAUGCUGCUUGUUCUCGGUCGACCUGGUGCCGGCUGCACAACGCUCCUCAAGAUGCUGGCCAACCGCCGACUGGGCUAUGCCGAAGUCACGGGCGACGUGAAAUUCGGCUCGAUGGAUGCCAAAGCAGCCAAGCAGUACCGAGGGCAGAUUGUCAUGAAUACCGAAGAGGAGCUUUUCUUCCCGACCCUCACCGUCGGCCAGACCAUGGACUUUGCCUCACGGAUGAAGGUCCCUUACAAGGUGCCUUCGAAUAUCAAGGACCAGAAAGAAUUUAAAAAUAUGAUGCGGGACUUCCUGUUACGCUCCAUGUCGAUCGAGCACACUCAUGACACGAAAAUCGGCAACGAGUUUGUGCGAGGUGUGUCGGGCGGAGAGCGAAAGCGUGUCUCCAUCAUCGAGACCAUGGUCUCCAGAGGAUCAGUGUUCUGCUGGGACAAUAGCACGCGCGGUCUGGAUGCGUCGACGGCCCUCGAGUACACAAAGUGCGUUCGUGCCAUGACGGACAUCCUCGGACUCAGCUCCAUCGUCAGUCUUUACCAGGCGGGCAAUGGAAUCUACGACCUUUUCGACAAAGUCUUGGUGCUGGACAACGGCAAGCAGAUCUUCUACGGACCCAUGUCCCAGGCGCAGCCCUUCAUGGAGGAGUUGGGCUUCGAGUACACCGACGGCGCCAACGUGGCCGACUAUUUAACGGGUGUCACGGUCCCCACAGAAAGAAGAAUCACGCCUGGCAUGGAAGACCGAUUCCCACGCAAUGCCGAUGAGCUCCGGGCAGCAUACGAGAAGACGGACAUCAGGCCGCAAAUGGAAGCAGAGUACGCCUACCCCGAGACCGACGAAGCCAAACUAUACACCCAGAACUUCCAGGAAAGCGUGCGGUCGGAGAAACAUCGAGGCCUGCCCAAGAAGUCGCCUCUCACCGUCGGUUUCUCCACGCAAGUGAGCGCCGCAAUCACAAGGCAGUACCAACUCAUCUGGGGCGACAAACCGACCUUCUUCAUUACCCAGGGACAGACGAUCCUGAUAGCACUCGUUGCCGGAUCUCUCUUCUACAACGCGCCCAACAAUUCGUCGGGGCUAUUCGUCAAAGGGGGCUCGCUCUUCCUUGCACUGCUCUACAACUCGCUACUUCCCAUGUCCGAAGUGACCGGCUCCUUUGCUGCUCGCCCCGUUCUCGCCAAGCAUCGUGGAUUCGCCCUCUACCACCCGGCGGCGUACUGUAUCGCCCAAAUCGCCGCAGACAUCCCCAUCAUCUUCGCCCAGAUUACGCUAUUCUCCCUCCCGCUAUACUGGAUGACGGCCCUCAAGCCUACAGCGGCUGCUUUCUUCACCUAUUGGGUCGUCAACUAUGCAGUCUGUAUGUGCAUGACAGCACUUUUUCGCGCGAUUGGAGCCGCGUUCUCAACCUUCGACGGCGCUUCGAAGGCGUCUGGCUUCAUCUUUGGCGCCUUCGUCAUGUACGUGGGCUACCAGAUCCCCAAGCCAAAUAUGCACCCUUGGUUCGUGUGGAUCUAUUGGAUCAACCCACUGGCCUACGGCUAUGAGGCGCUCUCUGGCAACGAGUUCAGCGGAGCUAUCAUCCCUUGCGUCAACAACAAUCUCGUGCCGAACGGGCCGGGCUAUACCAAUAACCAGUUCCAGGCUUGCACGGGUGUCAGGGGCGCUCCCUCAGGCGCUGCAUCACUGACGGGUGCCGAAUAUCUCCACGCUCUUUCGUACAGCUCCUCGCGUAUCUGGCGCGACUUUGGCAUCAUCUGGGCCUGGUGGGUGCUGUUCGUUGCUCUCACAAUCUUCUUCACGUCCCGGUGGAGUCAGGUCUCCGGCAACACCGGCUUUCUGGUGAUUCCGCGCGAGAAGGCGAAGAAAGCAAAGCAUUUGGUCGCGGACGAGGAGUCACGAAAACCGUCGCCAUCUGGGUCGGAUGAGAUGGUCAAUGUGGAGAAGCCACGGGAAAAGCGGGACGACGGGGACAAUCAGCUGAUUCGCAACACUUCGGUGUUCACGUGGAAGAACCUGUAUUACACUGUCAAAACUCCCUCUGGGGACCGAGUGCUUCUUGACAAUGUUCAGGGGUGGGUCAGGCCUGGUAUGCUGGGUGCUCUGAUGGGGUCUUCGGGUGCGGGCAAGACGACCCUACUCGACGUCCUCGCGCAACGAAAGACCGACGGAACGAUCAACGGGAGCAUCAUGGUUGACGGGCGUGACCUACCAGUGUCUUUCCAACGAUCGGCGGGGUACUGUGAGCAGCUCGAUGUGCAUGAGGACCACUCCACCGUCCGCGAGGCCUUGGAAUUCUCUGCUCUGCUACGACAAAGCCGCGACACCCCGCGAGAAGAGAAGCUCAAGUAUGUGGAUACCAUCGUCGAUCUGCUGGAGAUGCACGACAUUGAAAAUACACUGAUUGGAUCAACGACUGCUGGUCUUUCGGUCGAGCAACGCAAGCGUCUAACGAUCGGAGUCGAGCUCGUCUCGAAACCCACCAUUCUGAUCUUCUUGGACGAACCGACGUCCGGCCUCGACGGACAAGCGGCGUUCAACAUUGUUCGCUUUUUGCGUAAGCUGGCCGACGCGGGCCAGGCAGUGUUAGUUACCAUUCACCAGCCUUCCGCCUCACUGUUUGCCCAAUUCGACACUCUGUUACUCCUCGCAAAAGGAGGCAAGACCGUCUACUUUGGCGACAUUGGGAACGAUGCUCAGACGAUCCGCGACUACUUUAGCCGCUACGAUGCUCCUUGCCCGCCCCACGCCAAUCCUGCAGAGCACAUGAUCGAUGUCGUAUCCGGCCAGCUCAGUAAAGACCGAGACUGGAAUCAAGUCUGGCUGGAGUCUCCCGAGUACACUGCCAUGACCGAAGAGCUCGACCAGAUGGUCUCUGAAGCAGCUUCCAAGCCCCCCGCCACUGUCGACGAUGGGCACGAAUUCGCUACGACCUUGUGGACGCAGAUCAAACUGGUCACCAAUCGCAACAACGUUUCCCUCUACCGCAACGCGGGGUACGUGAAUAACAAAGUCGCCCUGCACGUCUUCCAAGGCCUGUUCACCGGCUUCAGCUUCUGGCAGAUUGGCGACGGCGUCGCGGAUCUCCAACUCCGCCUGUUCGCCAUCUUCAACUUUAUCUUCGUCGCGCCGGGCGCGCUGGCGCAGCUGCAGCCGCUCUUCAUCGACCGCCGCAACAUCUACGAGGCGCGGGAGAAGAAGUCGAAGAUGUACCAUUGGGUCGCCUUCGUCACGGGGCUGAUUGUCUCCGAAUUCCCUUACCUCGUUGUCUGCGCUGUGGGGUACAUGCUCACGUGGUACUACACCGUCGGCUUCCCGCUCAACAGCAACAAGGCCGGCGCCGUCUUUUUCGUCAUGCUCUUUUACGAGUUCAUCUACACGGGUAUCGGGCAAGCCAUCGCCGCCUACGCCCCCAACGCCGUCUUCGCCGCCCUCGUCAACCCCCUCGUCAUCACCAUCCUCGUCCUCUUCUGCGGCGUCCUCGUCCCCUACGCCGAAAUCCAAGCCUUCUGGCGCUACUGGCUCUACUACCUCAACCCCUUCAACUACCUCAUCGGCAGCCUGCUCGUCUUCACCACCUGGGACGCCAAAGUCGUCUGCAAGCGCUCCGAGCUCGCCAUCUUCGACACCCCCGGCGGCGGCACCCAGACGUGCGCCGACUACCUCGCCGACUACCUGCGGGGCGCGGGCGCGCACUCGAAUCUGCUGAACCCCGGCGCCACCGCGGGGUGUGAGGUGUGUCAGUACCGCUCUGGCUCGGAUUAUUUGUACACGUUGAAUUUGAAGGAGUAUUAUUAUGGGUGGAGGGAUGCGGGGAUUGUAGUGAUUUUUGCCAUUUCGUCGUACGCUUGUGUGUAUCUGUUGAUGAAAUUGCGAACGAGAGCUAGUAAGAAAGCUGAGUAG